AAAAUACUUUUACCGGAAUAUCCAAAAACGACAACGACUUUAUAGUUUUUAUUAUUGGCGACAAACUACUGCAUCACCUCUCUCUCUCUCUCUAUCUCACCUGAAAAUAUCUCUUCGUUCUCCGAUCAUCUCCGCUUUCCACCCCUAUACAUACACACAUGUAUCUAUACAUCCACAUCAAUCAAUGAUAUCGCCGAUCUAGUGAGGAUAUGAACGUGAUCGGCGCCAGCACGAAUCGUGUAUCGCCUCGGGGCGACCGCAACGCAGCUACGAAAUUACACGCCGAAUCAUUCAGCAUUGAAGAAAUUCACAAGCAUAAUUUAAUUCGUAAUAAUAAUAGUGCUGAUACUGGAUCAUCUCCCAGAAAGAUUAUUGAUAAAGAUAGAGAUAGAGAUAGAGAUCCGAUUAUUAAUGUAGAUGAUGAUUCCACGCACCACAAGUUAUCGCUUACCACAAAGUCUGUGUUAUCAGCUGCUGAUAUACUUAAGACUCUGUUUUUUGUACUCGUUUGGUAUACUUUCAGCUUGUUCUUAACAUUGUACAAUAAGACUUUAUUGGGUGAAAAUAUGGGCAAAUUUCCAGCUCCUCUUUUGAUGAAUACGUUCCACUUUGGGAUGCAAGCUAUAUUAGCAAAGGCUAUUACAUGGAUAUGGUCUAGUAGGUUUCAGCCUCCCGUGUCUAUGUCGUGGAAGGAUUAUUUUAUACGAGUUGUACCAACAGCUAUUGGAACGGCACUGGAUAUUAACUUGAGCAAUGCAUCUCUUGUUUUUGUGUCUGUUACGUUUGCCACAAUGUGUAAAUCUGCAUCCCCAAUAUUUCUUCUUCUAUUUGCUUUUGCAUUCAGGUUGGAGUCUCCAAGCGUCAAGCUCCUAGGCAUCAUCUUAGUUAUAUCUGUUGGAAUACUGUUGACAGUUGCAAAGGAAACAGAAUUUCAGUUUUGGGGUUUCAUUUUUGUCAUGCUUGCUGCUUUUAUGUCCGGCUUUCGUUGGACAAUGACUCAAAUCCUCCUUCAGAAAGAAGUAUAUGGUCUGAAAAAUCCCCUGACGCUAAUGAGUUAUGUAGCUCCAGUUAUGGCAGUCUCAACCGGUAUACUGUCUCUCAUUUUUGAACCAUGGGAUCAAUUCAGUAAAAAUGUUUACUUUAAUAGCUCAUGGCAUAUUACUCGUAGUUCCUUGCUGAUGCUUUUUGGUGGAACUCUCGCCUUUUUCAUGGUAUUAACCGAAUACAUUCUUGUCUCUGUAACUAGUGCUGUGACGGUGACUAUAGCUGGAGUUGUCAAGGAAGUUGUCACAAUAUCGGUUGCUGUUUUUUACUUCCAUGAUGAAUUUACAUGGUUGAAAGGGAUUGGACUCAUCAUAAUUAUGGUUGGCGUCAGUUUAUAUAAUUGGUACAAAUACCAAAAGCUACACAGGGGAGAAUCAAGUGAGGAUGACUUGGCAGGAUCUUCCACAAGUAGUAGUCCUGCAAAGUAUGUUAUUCUUGAGGAGAUGGAUGAUCAAGAUCUUGGGCAUUGAAUACUUGAAUAUUUCUUUAUGAUAUUUGAAAGGAACGUUCUUCUACCUUUGCCUGCCGAAUAUGUUAAUAUCACGAUACUGGCUAAUACUGGCUGCUUUAGAGGGAAAGGGAUCUUUACCAUGUCGCAUUCUACAUGACCUUGGUUUCUCAAGUUUUUUGUUGUAUAAACUGAUAAUAGAGGCGCUACACAAAUUUUUGGCUAUCAAAGAAUCAAAGGCCAUUAGCUGAGAAUGCAGCAGAUUGAAAGCACUUGUAUAGAACUGAUUGUACUGUAUAUCGCAAAAAUGCCCAUUAUAUCGGGUUAAGUAACCUCAGUUUUGUCGGUAGUUUAUACAGCCUGUGGUAGAACCGGUGUGGCGGUGUGUAACAAAAUUUUGACAAUAGUGUAAAAUUAGUUUAUAGGCAAAGCUCAUUUGUACUUUUGUUUUA